AUGACAACCGUGGCUGAGUUUAUAGCAGCUAUCUUGCUCUGGGAUCAACUCCCAGAGUGGAAAUUGCUACAGGGCAGUCUGGCCUUUCUCCAGGAUUGCUGCCUUACCUUUCUCCAGCCUCCUUGCUCUCUCCUUGCAGGAAAACACUCCAUCAGUGUGACGGCACUGACGUCUCCAGGGAACAUUGGCCAGCGCAGCAUCCUGGGCUGCACUUUUGAGCCUGACAUCCGGAUGGACAGCAUAGCAAUCCAGUGGGCCAAGGAGGGAGUAGCUGGGCUGGUUCACGAGUUUAAGGGUGGGAAGGACCACCUGCAAGGACAAGAUCCGUCAUUUCAGGGCCGCACGGCCGUGUUUGUGGACCAGGUGAUCGGUGGGAAUGCUUCCCUGGAGCUGAGGGAUGUGCAGCUCUCCGAUGCUGGCACCUACCAGUGCUCCGUCACCACAGCCAGAGGGAGUGGGGCAGCGGUGCUGCAGUACAGGACAGGAGCCUUCAGCAUGCCCGUGGUGCAGGUGGAGAACAGCAGCCAUGGGGACACACUGCAGUGCGAAGCCCCGCACUGGUUCCCCUGCCCUGCCGUGCGCUGGACGGCCUACAGUGACACUGGGGAGUGCCUGUCCCACACUGCCAACACCAGAUACGAGCUGAACCCUGGAAACAUCACUGUGAGGGUGGUUUCCCUCCUGCACAGCGUCACUGCUAAUGCCACCUACACCUGUGUGAUUGAAAACAGCAUUGCCAAGGCUAUGGGCAGCAUCACAGUGACAGCCUCUCACUAUUCUUCUGCUACAGAUUUCAGCAUUACAAAGGUGACUAACUUGCAGCUGGUGAGCCUGAAUGCAGAGUCAGUGUCAUCCUCCUUUCCAGCCUGUCACUGGAUGCUUCUGCUUCCUUUGUACCUGCUGUCAUUAUAAAGCAAUUGGAAACUCUGCUGGACCUGCAGGUAAGUUUGGGAAGGGAAACUCA